UCGUAUAUAAAUAUAUAUGCGUACACAGUGAACCUCAUUUCCUCGAUCAUCUCAUUUCCGAGUGUUAACAGGGAAAGAGAAUAGAGUAACAUAUAUGGAAUCCCAGAAAGUAGUAGUGAACUCUGAUUUGCUUCCAGUUGGGUUUAGGUUCAUGCCAACAGAUGAAGAGCUGGUCACUCACUAUCUAAUGAACAAAGCUUGUUCCAGAGCUGUACCAGUUGCUGAUGCGAUUCAGGAGAUCAAUGCGACUCGGUUUUACAGCAACCAUCCAAAGAGUCUAGUGACGUUCUCUGAUGGAGAGAGGGAGUGGUUCUUCUUUAUUCAUGAAGACAAUGACAGUUGCAGCAGCCAUGCCCAGAGAAAAAGAAAUGUUCGAGAAGUCGGAAACGGGCUAGGGUUUUGGAAACCGAACGGAUCAGAAAACCCGAUCUACAAUGAAGAUGGAAAUGUCUUUGCCACCAAGAUCUACCUCACCUACUUCUCCGGAAGUUGUCACUCCAAUAAACCAAAGAGAACCCACUGGAAAAUGGUCGAGUACCAUUUACAGAUAAGAAGAGAAUGGGUAGUGCUGGGAAGAUUACAAAGAGGAAUGGAUUACACUGGUUUUUGAGGAUUGAUCAUUUAUUUAUUCUUUACAUUUUUGGGCGGCCAAUAGUUAUUUCAUUCAUUGAAUAAGGCUGCGAGUAUUUGUUAUUCUUUUUUAUUCCACAAAAUUUUGUCAUACGCACACAUGUAUUCCCCCAUUUGUAGGUAUAUUGUUACAAUAAACUCUUAUCGAUAGAGAAAUGAAAUUCUUUUUCGCUUCAAUAUUUCCUUUUUUCUUAUCAUGAGCUGUACGAAAUUAAGUAUUCCUAAUAUUUCAGCUGCGAUAUUGCUGUAUGAUCUUAUAUUGCUGCAAUAACAUACAAUUGGUGCCCCACCUCAGAAACACCUUCGAACCUUUGCAUGCCGAGGUUCAUGAAGAUUGCCGAGUACAAGGCCACAUAUUACAGGGAAUCCAUAUUGGCUGCUUGAAAUGCUGUACAAUCAACAAUGUAGCAAUAACAUACAAUUGGUGCCCCACCUCAGAAACACCUUCGAAC